AUGUUAUCGGUCAACUACAUCUGUUGCCGCCAUGGUAGAAAUGUCGUCUAUCUUCGCUUUCACGAGGGAAAUACGGUCGAAUGUGCUCUGGCUGGAGCGAAAACAAGGGUAGCUCCGCUGAAAUUUUUGUCGAUUCCGCGAUCCGAGCUUCAAGCAGCUUUACUUGGAGUACAGCUCGCUGAUACCAUUCUGUCAUCCCUGUCGAUCAAAAUUUCAAAGCGAUAUUUCUGGACGGAUUCCAAGGACGUGCUAUACGAAAACGGUGUUGCCCGAGUAACAGGUCGCACAAAGGCACGCGAAUUUUCGAACCGCGAUGCCACAGACUCUAUCAUUCUUCCUCGUCAUCAUCAUAUUACCCGGCUGAUCAUCGCGGAUGCACACGAGCGCUUUCAACAUCUGAAUCACGCGACUAUCAUCAACGAGCUUCGACAGCGCUUCCGUAUCUCUCGCCUAAAGGUUGCCUACAACUCAAUACGGAAAGAUUGUCAGCAAUGGAAGAACGACCGAGCAAAACCGUUACCACCGAUGAUGGGCGAUUUGCCACGUUCACGUAUGGCCGCAUUCAGUCGUCCAUUCACACACAUGGGAGUGGACUACUUCGGUCCACUUCUAGUCUCAGUGAACCGACACUCCGAGAAAAGAUGGGGGGUCCUCGCCACUUGUCUGACUACACGCGCAAUUCACCUUCAGAUUGCUCACACGCUUUCCACCGACUCUUGUGUAAUGGCAAUACGGAACGUCAUGGCUAGAAGAGGUGUACCCGCUGUAAUUUACAGCGACCGGGGCACAAACUUUCAAGGCGCUAGCAAGGAACUAAAAACGGCUAUUCAGCAGCUCGAUCAAGAUAGACUAGCGAGGGAGCUUACUACGACUCGCACCAAGUGGGAAUUUAUCCCGCCGGUUUCACCACAUAUGGGAGGAGCGUGGGAGCGACUGAUACGUACAGUGAAGCAAAAUUUAGCCAAGGUACAACCUAGCCGCCUACCAACAGACGAAGUGCUUCAAAACGCGAUGGCGGAAGUAGAAAACAUUGUGAAUUCCCGACCGUUAACAGAGUAA